GGUCCAAGGUAGCUAUUUGCCAACCUUCCAUUCCAUUUUAGGAAAUUUGCUAGCUUCACCGAAACGUAAGUGAAUAUUUAGAACUAAUUACUCAAACUCGUUUGCUUUCUCGAGGAAAAAAGCCAUGAUGGAGUAAGUAAAACGCUAAAAAUGGGUCUCAAAAUUGGACUAUUCGCAUAAGACAAUUACAUGUUUUUAACAGAAAAUGAUAAGAUAUCAUUAAAAACGCAACGCAGCCCACAGCUGUAGCCCACACUUAUUCAACACUUACACUUAUUUUGUUUCGUCACCGAAAAGUCAGGUAUGUAUUUUCUAUGGGUCUUUAUGUAUAGCUGAAAUGGUUCACGUUCCACCCAUCCAUAAGUAUUUAUGCCGUUUUAUUGUGCAGCGGUCAGUAUUGCACUGAUGUUGCACGCUGCACAAUAGCAUACCUAUCGUAUACUUCCUAUCGUAUACGUCCUAUCGUACACGUCCUACGGUAUAGGUAUACGUCCUAUCAUUAUAGAAGAUGCAUUUUCUUUUUCCCCAAAAAGCAGUGUCCCCAUAUCACCAUUUACCGACCAUAUGUUCUUUGUUUGAUGUGACAGUGACGACCAAAUCACAGUAUCUCAAUGAAACUCUGUGUUCUGUUUCAUGUACCGUUCGUGGCUGGGAUAUGCGCUGUCUUCCUCGGCUCGACUACUAUUCAUGCGGUGUGCAGGCAAGGAGACGCCGGCCUACUCGAUGGCCAACAGGCACGAGGUGAAGGUGAAGAAGGUGGUGCCGGCGCCCAACGAGUACAACACCAGACAGAUGACCUACAAAGGAAAGGACACGGCUCCGGCACGCACCAUCGCCGCCAAAAUCCGCGACCCCAAGGCGUUCCAGACGCCGGCGCCGGGCACCUACGAGCCCAAGGAUGAGGACGACUCGCCUCGCUACAGCUUCGGGCUGCGGCCCAACCUGGAGAAGCCCAACACGGUGCCAGCGCCGAAUGCCUACGAAAUUGAUGACGAGAUCGGCAAAGAUUCUCCCCGGUACUCGAUGCCGGGACGUGCGAGCGACCCCAAGACAUUCAAGACGCCCGCACCCGGCGCAUACGAUCCUAAGGAUGACGAAGACGGCCCUCGCUAUAGUUUCGGACUGAGACCGAACCUGGAGAAACCUGAUGGCGUGCCAGCGCCAAAUGCCUACGAGAUUGAUGGCGAGAUCGGCAAAGACUCCCCCCGGUAUUCGAUGCCGGGUCGUGCAAAGGACCCCAAGGCGUUCAAAACGCCUGCCCCCUGCGCAUACGAUCCCAAGGAGGACGAAGACGGCCCUCGCUACAGUUUUGGACUGAAGCCCAACCUGGAGAAACCGAACAACGUUCCAGCUCCGAAUGCCUACGAAAUUGAUGACGAGAUCGGCAAAGACUCCCCCCGGUACUCGAUGCCGGGACGCGCAAAGGACCCCAAGGCAUUCAAGACACCCGCACCCGGCGCAUACGAUCCCAAGGAUGACGAAGACGGCCCUCGCUACAGUUUUGGACUCAAGCCCAACCUGGAGAAACCGAACAAUGUCCCAGCGCCGAAUGCCUACGAAAUUGAUGACGAGAUCGGCAAAGACUCUCCCCGGUACUCCAUGCCGGGGCGCGCAAAGGAUCCCAAGGCGUUCAAAACGCCUGCCCCCUGCGCCUACGAUCCAAAGGAGGACGAAGACGGCCCUCGCUACAGCUUCGGACUGAAGCCCAACCUGGAGAAACCCAACAAUGUCCCAGCCCCCAACGCCUACGAGCUCAGCGACACGAUCGGCGAGGAGUCGCCCCGCUACUCGAUGCCCGGCCGCGGGAAGGACGUCGUCGACGAGCGCACCAAGUUCCCGGCGCCCGGCCAGUACGAGAUGGCCAAGGCCGAGGCCACGCUGCACAAGAGUCCGGCGUACACGCUGCGGGACCGCACAACGAUCCCCACCGACCGCACGCAGAAGCCGGCGCCGAACGCCUACAACGCCGACGACAAGAAACUCAAGUCCCGCGACCCGCAGUACGCGUUCGGCAUGAAGCACUCGCCGUACGUGGGCUCGUUCAAGCCUGGGGUGGGCGUCGGCACCCCGGACCGGAGCGUCGCGCUGCAGACGUCGGCCGUGAAGCCGACCGACAAGGUGCUGCGCGGCGGAGAGGUGGUGCGCGUCACCCCCGAGGGCGUCACGUGCCGCUGGGUGGACCGCGGCCUGUCGCCGCGCACCAACGGCACCACCACGCGCACCACCGAGACGCGCACCAACGUCGACGGAUCCACCACCACGCGCGAGACGGUGCGCGUCCACCGCACGCUCGAGAUGAGCCGCUGAGGGCGGCGGCGCGGCGCAGGGUGACGGGAUUAGGUCGGGGGACCAGGGUGAUGUUGCAGGACGCUGGAAUGUGGUCGGAGGACCAGGGUGGGGUCAGGAGGAGAGACAGAGCGGAGUGGUCGGCCGACUGCACCCGCUGUACAGAGCCAGUGUGAGAGAGGUCAGCCGCGGUUAGGAAGCGCUGAAGGACGGCGGACCGACCGCCACCGGAGACGCGGGAGGGACGGUGGUUUCUUUGUAGAUGUCUGAAUGUGUCGGGUUGGGUUGUGAGCCAUUUUUAAUGCCAUCGGCUAUUUGUUAACAAGACGAUUAGUUUCAAUUGUAGAGAAAAUAGUGCCACUUAUUUUAAAACACACAAGGCAAAAUUGAGAAUGGAAGCAAGGAAAUAUGCCAAAAACACUUAAAACAGCAUUCACUAAAUUAGUAUGUUCUUACUGCGAAAUUGUAAACAACAACAAACAAAUAACAUCACUAUAACACAUAAUACUAAUAAUUAGCUUAAGAAUAAAAGUGGACACGGACAGGCAGAUGGAGCACAUGUCUCCGUCUAUAUUGGUUUAAACCCAGGUAAGAUGUGGCAAAAAAAAUUGUCAAAAUCCUGAAUGACCAUUAUUAUAUAGAGCUAGCUAUGAUUAAGUUAAAUGCAUAGCAAGGUGAGGCCAAGGCGCCGCGAAGUGAAUAACUUUUGCUGUGAUAUGUAUUUAUGCGUUUGGAGUUGGGCAAACCUUAGCUUCGGAAGUCUUGUGUGUAACAGGAACGUUUCUUUAAAAGAUAACUUUCAAGGACCACUGACGAAAAUAAUCGGGACGCUAGGACUCGUGAUAUAAGCACCUCUUUCUGCAUCGAAACUUGACUCAUUUGAAGACAGCGCCUUGUUCGCCACCUUGCCCGGCGAAUGUAGGACUGUCCAGUGUCCGAUCCAUGGCAGGAACGGUUUAGUGCCGGGCACGCUUUUGUUUGGUUCCCUUUCGACAAAAAGAGAGUUAUUUUUCGGUACGGAGCAUCAUCACACUCCGCUGUCGUGCCGUUAUAGUGAACAGAAGUCUGCCGGCUGUCAGACCGCGUAAUCAAUUCAGAGAACGCCCGUUUGGAAUGAAAUAUUUACAACCUUUUGAUAUCAAAUAUUUUACAUAAACAACAUCAACCGUCCACCUGUGACCGUAUGCAAAGUGUAUUCAGUCGGUGUAAAAUAAAUCGCCGCGUGUUGGUGCCUAACGGACGCGCUGCGUCGAGUUAGCGACAGCAAACACCCGUUCCUGGCCGUGCGCCGGCACUGAUGGACGUGCAGCCCGCAGGGCGCGCCCGCCGAGCCAAUGUCAGUGCAACGCUACACGCAGACAUCUUAUGUGAUCAGGAACAGCAUUGCAUAGCUGGUUGAAGUGCUUGUGUCUAAGUCCUUGAACUCUGACGGCAGAUUUUUGCAUAUGGGCUGCAGGUGCAUGUGCAGAAUUUAAAUUCAUGUCAUUCUGCACAUCAGCGGAAUCGAGAGACUGAAAUGAUGAUCGUCUUAUGGGGAAGGCUAAUGCUGGGUCUUGGUAUGGACGUCCGAUUCUUGUUCUUGCGUGGUGCGGUUGUAGCCGAGUAACAUAGGUCUUAGUCACCGGUCGUAGUGUCUUGCGCCUAUGACGUAAUAACGCGCUCAACUUGUUUUUCUACGCACAAUGACGUAUUGUAACAAUGACGAAUGUCUAAUUGGAGAUAGAAACUGCGUUGUUGACGAGUUGUUCUGCUGGAUCAUAACAAUGCAUACGUCAGCGCAGCUUUUUUAUACGAAAGGUGAAAAAGUAACGAUAGAGGUGAUAGUUGCUGUUAAUGUGCGCGAGAUCCCGUAUUGCGUCACAGAACCAGCUUUUGGAUUUCCUGAGAGCUCGCCUGAAACGUCAUCUUACGUGUGUGAUUCAGAUGAAUUUUCGGGAAAUGUAGCCUGUGUUUAUGGGUAGCAGCGUCUUAUUGCGUAACAAACGGAUGCUUAUCACUUCCAGUUGUCGGCGGAGAAUGGGAAUCGAAAGACAAACGUGUGAUAGCGAUAAUUACCUGAAAUGUGUUUACGUGGUACUAAUAUAUAGAGCGUAUUUCUUUGUAA